AUGGACAGAUGCGCGUUGUUAUUGAACAGCGGAACGCUCCUAGGCUAUGCCACUAUCACCGCUGCGAUUGAUCCUGAGACUGCUACUCGCAGCUCCUCCGAAACUCCAUUCUUGCAACUCGCCUCACGGAACUCCAACAUCAAGAUCUAUCCACAGACCCUGGCUAAGCGGAUCAUCUUCGAUGAGCAGAAGCGUGCCACGGGUGUUGAAGUUCAGACCAACUCAGUGACCUUGAACGGACACUGA